AUGUUGCGGCUUAAAUGCCAUUAUCUAUGAAGAGAAUUUACUACGGACAACAAAAGUUUUAGAUGUAAAUUUUAUGUAGGGCUUGGAAGCACUUUAACAGAAUCUGCUGUUGUUUCGAUAAUUUACUUGUCAAGGCUAAAAAAAAAAGACUUGAUCUCUUCAUUAGAUCAUUUUCGAGAGCAUUUAAUUCCAAUAGAAAAUCGAGAGAAAAUACCUAUAAAAAUAGCAGAGCUAUUCAACCAAAAAGAUAUUUUAGCAAAAUUGCCUGAAUUCAAGCCCAAUUAUUUGUAUGAGAAACAAAUAUUUUUAAAUAGAUUUGAUCUCAAUAAGAAAGAUAAGCUCUUGAAUGAAGCUAAAUCAAUGGACUUAACACCAGCAGGUAUAUCAGAUGCCUUGAAAAUAUUUUAUGAAUUUUGUGAUAAAUCAGGAGUCGGAUUUUUGACUGGAGAUAUAAGCAUUGAACUUUACGAUAUCUUAAUAGCCAAUCUCAACAAAUUUAGGAACGGCAAAAACAGCAAUUCAGUCGAAGUCUACGACGAAAUCCGCAAAUUUAUGAGUAAGCAGCAAUUCUCUUUGCCAAUAAACGGUAUCAAAGAAAUCCAGCACGAAAAUCAAAAAGCGCUCUACCAAAGGCAGCUAAUUUUAGAAAAAGAUGUCUCCAUCAUUAAGCUCCAAAAUUCUGACAGUGACCUCGAUUUAUUUAAUCUUAAAGCUUUAGGACUAAAUACCAUUACAUAUAAAGAAAAAAUCAUCACUUUAUUUUCGAAAUUUUGUGAAGCAAUUCGCACAAAACAAGCAGAUUCUCUUAAAAAGGGAUCAAAAGAAAAAUAUUCAGAAUUAAUGACUGAAAUUGAGCCAGAAAAAAUUGCCGUGGUCACUUAUAAUUCUAUUACAAGGAUGCUGGCACCAAAAACUGAUGAGUUUUUUGGAGAUGUGGAAGUCAAAUACAUUGCAAUGCUUUCGCAAUUUCAAAAGGACAUGCAAAAUCAUUUAGUUGAAGAAGAAAAACAAAAAAUUUUUCAAGCUUUUAAUGAGAGUGAGGUAAAAAAAAGACGCCCAGCUAUAAGAGAUUCUUUGGAAUUGAUAAAAAGAUGCUCGAAAGAAAUUAAAAAAGCUAGGGAAAAGUAUCAGGGAGAGCAAGAAGCUAUAAUUGCGUUUUGCAAUUUGAUUUUAGAAAUGUUUAUAAGAAGCUCAAAGAUUAAAGGGGAUUAUGGGAAUGAUACCAGUGCUGUGGAGCAUAAAGUUUCGCAGAUAAAAGUUGGAAAUGAAAUAAGGAAUUGCGGAUAUUUAGUAUUUAAACAUGAAUUUAUUGAAGCUUUGUUAUCCAGACUUGGGGAUAGCAGAGACUCGGAAGCUGUUGUUUAUCUUGAAAAAACACUUCCAAUGAUAUGCAAACCCUUAGAUUGGACCUCAGCUAAUAAAGGUGGUUAUUAUCAUAAAGGAUUCUCUAUUGUACGCUCAACUGGCUCUGAUUUACAAAAAAAUGCAAUGGAAAGAGGAAAUCUGUCUAAGGUCUUUGAAGUAUUAAACCUAAUGGGAAAAUGUCCAUGAAAAAUCAAUUCAAGGAUCCUUGACGUUAUAGAAGCUCUUCAUAGUAACGGUGGCGGGGUUGGCGAGAUCCCAUUUACUAAUAUUGAUGAAAAAUUCAGAAUUGAAGCUGGAAUCACACCAAAAGAAAAAGGAAAAAUCGAAAAAGCUAGAAGGGACAAUUUUUCACUUUUAAGUGAUUUUGAAAUCAAAUUAGGGAUUGCAAGAAAAUUCAAACAAGUUUCAAGAUUUUUUAUGCCGCUAAACCUUGAUUUCAGAGGAAGAAUUUAUCCGAUUUCUCCUCAUUUGAAUCAGUUAGGGAAUGAUUUGUCAAGAGGGCUGCUAGAAUUUGCAGACGGAAAACCAAUAGGCAAUAAAGGCUUAUGGUGGCUGAAAAUCCAUGUAGCCAAUAAAAUGGGGUUUGAUAAAUUGCAGCUCGAUAAAAGGGUUGAUAUUGCUGAGCAAAAGCUAGACGAUUUUUUCAAAAUAGCAAAAGAUCCAGUACAGUAUUCAGAAUGACUUACUUAUGAAGACCCAUGGCAGUCUUUAGCCGCAAUAUUUGACUUAACAGACGCACUACAAAAAAAAGAUCCCAGUCAACAUAUCUCAUACCUCCAUAUACAUCAAGAUGGUAGCUGUAACGGUCUUCAGCAUUAUGCAGCAAUGGGAAGAGACAUAGAAGGUGCUGAACAAGUCAAUUUAGUUGAUAAAGAUGUCCCAGGAGACUUAUACACUGCAGUUUCUAUAAAAGUCCAAGAAAAGGUUAACAAAGAUGCUGCUGAUGGCCAUGAGCUUGCAAAACUCCUUGUUGAUAAGGUAAAGCGAAAAAUCGUAAAGCAGACGGUUAUGACUUCUGUAUAUGGCGUCACCUUUAUAGGGGCUAGAGACCAAAUUUUAAAGCAGCUGAAAGAAAGAGAAGUUGUAGAAGAAGACAAGCAAUGGGAUUGCGCUAUUUAUUUAGCCAAAUUAACACUUUCUUCAAUUACUGGUUUUUUCCAAAAUGCUCAAAAGAUUAAGGAUUGGCUUAUCGAUUGUGCAGGAAUAAUCGCAAAGCAAGGCUACCCAGUUACAUGGAUAACACCGAUGGGUUUUCCAGUAGUUCAGCCAUAUCGUCAAGAAAGGUUCGACUUAUCAAUUAGCACUGCAUUUCAAAAAGUGAAUCUUAUUAGGCAUCAUGAUAAUUUACCUGUCAAUAUCCCUAAGCAAAAAAGUGCAUUUCCUCCAAACUAUGUUCAUUCAUUGGAUAGUACACAUUUAAUGAGAACUGCUUUAAGAUGCCACAAACAAGGAAUUGCCUUUGCAGCUGUCCAUGACUCCUAUUGGACACAUGCUUGCGAUUUAGAUGAAAUGAAUAGGAUGCUAAGAGAAGAAUUCGUGCAAUUGCAUAGUGAGCCUUUAUUGGAAAAUUUGCUAAAAGGGUUCAAAGUGAGAUUUCCAGGCGUGAAUUUUGAAGAUGUGCCAAGUAAAGGAAACUUUGACUUGAGAAAUGUUUUAACUAGUAAAUAUUUCUUUGCGUAG